UGCCGUUGCUAGGGCUUCACUUGGGGAAGCGGCGGCGCUUCACCCCGGUUCCGCCGGGCCGGGCCCGGCCAUGGCGUCGCUGGGGCUGAGCGAGCGGGAGGUGGCCGGGUGCCGCCAGCUCCUGGAGCUGCUGGAGACCGAGGAGCUGCUGGCGCUGACCGACACCGUCACCAACCGCAUGGUGCACCCUGAGAGCCGGCAAGAAGCCAUUCAUGCCAUUGUGCUUUACAGCCGAAGUGUAGAAGAACUUUUGAAACGCAAAAAAGUCUAUCGAGAAAUAAUUUUUAAGUAUUUGGCAACACAAGGAAUUGCAGUGUCUCCUUCCUGUGAGAAACAUGUACUCAUUGAUCAUGUAAAGCAGUACUGGAGCGGGCGUUUGUCAACACAUGCCUCAGCAUCAGAGGAGAGAAAAACACAAGCAGAGAGUCAUGGAGACAGCCAAAAGUCACUGCAAGAUGAUAUUCAUUAUCUAGGAGAAGAAUUCUGUCAGUGGUUCUUUGACCUCCUGAAUUCUCAACAUCCCUUGGCAGUAAAAUCUGAAGAAACAUGGGGACCACAGCAUUUUUGGGAUGAUGCCAAGAUGAAGUUCUCCUAUAACACAUUGGAAAAAAACGUGGAAGAAUAUGUUGGUGCAGAAAUGGUGAGCCUUCGUCUGCUCUCCUUGGUUAAAGAAGAAUAUCUUCUGUUCAACCCUAAUUUGCAUGCUAGUGGACUGAAAUGUGCCAUGUCUCCGCAUGGGUUAGUGCUAGUGGCAGUGGCUGGCACAGUACAUAGAGGCAACUCUUGUUUGGGUAUCUUUGAACAGAUUUUUGGACUCAUUAGCUGUCCCAUUAGGGAGAAUACCUGGAAAAUAAAAGUUAUGAGUCUUAAAAUAGUUGGACAGAAUGCUCUGGAGCCUGGGAUGCAAAUUGAAAAACCCUCCAUAAAAUACGAGUCAAACCAACUGCGAGAGCUGUAUGAUGGGAAAGAACUGAUGGUGUUUGAACCUCAGAAAUUCUGAGCAAUUUUUCCUCAACUGAGUGACUGGGUGAGGGAGGAGUGGUUGGAGCCAUGUGAUGCUGUCUCUUUUUUGAGUCCAAUUUGCUGGAUGACAAACUGAGAUACAGUCUAAAGUAUUAAUACAGGUCAUGCUUUUACGCACCUUUCAAGAGCUACCAAAUGCUGCAGUGUAUUAUUUUAAAUUUUGUACUGCAUUUAGGAAUGGAUUAUUCUUGGUUACAAAACAUAGUUAUAUUUAAAUAUGGGUUUGCAGCACUAUGUAAUGAACUAGAUGACUUGGGGUUCACAAGCUGCAGGUUGCUUCUUUUCAGGUCACCAGUUUAAACUCUUAACCUGAAUUGUAACAGGAAGUCAUUGUGUCUGGCCUUUGGAAUUGGGAUUGGUGAAUGUUUAAAGGGACAUCUGAGUCCCAAGAAAUCCAUGUGCGCUUUAGGAGUUUUUAUUGAGAACAGACAAAAUAGUGUGAAUGGAGAUUGCUGCCAUUUGUGUUCUAAAUGUGGUCCUGUCACAGAAAAACAGAAAUAGCUUAAUGGGAUACUGCAGGGAAAGUUGUUUGUUUGUUUGUUUGAUUCUUUGCAUUAACAGCUUCCUUUCCUUUUACCUUAUGGUUCCAACUUUGUAGUGAAUACAGACAAACUCUAUUAUUCUGUCUGUGACCCCAAGCAGACAAACUUGAGAGGGUUGUCCCUGCAUCCAUUCCUAGCACUGAUUUGCUUGGAUCAAGUAGUUGAUUUCAUGACUUAAAGCAGCACUGUAUGAACCAAAUGUGUUGAUAAUUAUUUUGUAUAUGCUUACAACAGAGUUUUUAAUAUAAUAGCUGUGAUUUUUGUAUAUUUUCUCAAAAUAAGAGUUUUAUUUGCUCAGAGCUGCUUUAUUACAUUGAUUAGAGGUCAGUUUGUUAACACUGGGCUGUUACAAUGACAGGCAAUAUAAAUAAUCCAAUUACUAGUUAAUAACUGACAUUAUUGCCAUUGUAGAACUUUAAUUUUUUACUUUAUUUAUAAGGGGUUAGAGGUAAAAUGAGAUGAAACUUCUUUUUUCACAGCUUGCUUGAAUUGUCUGUGAGUUUUGUUUUACAGCUUCACCAGUACAAGUUGUGAAAAUGGAAACAUUCCCUGUAGCGUAUCAAAACCAAACGAACUGUUCCCGUGUUUGUCAAAGAGGACAGAUGGUAAAAGUACGGGUGGGUGAAGGGAAACAAGAAGAUUCAGGUAUGCACAGAACUGAUGUUUUUGAUCAGUCUGGAUCUGGGGUUAAGAAUACCUAAAAUUAUUUCUUUUCUGAGCAAAAGUUCAAAUACAUGUGUUGGAAUGUUCUUUCCCAAUAAACAGUUGAGUUGUGGCUUCUUCAGCUACUGAUGUAUAAUAAAGAAAAAUCAACCCAAAUUAAAAAUUUGGAAGAAGCAGUUUCCUCAUAUGUUGAGAACUGCAUUCCUCUUCAGGUGAGGACAAAAGCCUCCCUAAAGGCCUGUGUGGGUACCUUUUCAACAUUCAGUGUGACAGUCUGUAAUUCAACAAAAUACAUUUGGCAGAACUGUACUUCAUAACUGGCAGCAUAGCUAUUGCUUUAGUCAGUGUGUUAAAUAUGAGCAUGACUAAGGGUGUAGUAUUCAUUACUGCUUUAAGCUGAUGUGGUGCGGAUGCUCCCCUUCCUCCAUCCAAGCACAUGUCUUGCUUCCUUCUUGUAUCAGCAUUAAUGCUUGUGAUAACUCUGAACAAGGGGGAAUGGGGGCGGAUCCAGUGGAACCUAGCUCACUAUCAGAAACCGUUCAGGCUGAGCAGCUCUCCAAGAAGGCUGGCCACACAAGAACUAGCGUCAGCUUGAGGAACAGAGAUGAGAAUUUAGGGGCUUUUUUUGGUGGUCAUUUGAGUUUCUGCGAGAUUAAGCAAGUGAUCAAAUAGCAGUCCUGGUUAAUUCUUACAUUCGAGACGCUUAUGCUUGAUAACGUCAAAAUGCUGAUGAAUACAAGGAGCAUUGUGAUAAAUCACCCUUUAAUAAGGCUGGUACCUAAUGAACUUGGACUUACUCCUUCAGCUCUUCUACACAAAAUAUGCAAGAAAAUAUUGAAUUGUUACAGCAUUGUGACCUCUGUGUAAGUGUUGAGGAGUGGAGUAGGUGCUGUAUGAUGUACUGAUGACCUGUUGGUGCAAUUGCUGCUCUUGCAUAGUUGAUCAGGCUGUUAAGAAUCUGUGCUCAUUAGCUGCUGAAUGAUAACUGAUUUUUGCAGCAGCUAAUUUUGAUGUGUGCUUGUGGGUUACUUCAAAUUGUAGUUACCAAAGAGCAGCUGGUAUCGGCAGUUGAUGAGCAGUUGAUGGCUGCUCAUGAGCAGCAGUUAUCCCAGGCUGCUGCUGCAAAAUGCAGGAAACUGUUCAGUAUCUGCUCUUUACUCUCGCACCACCUGAAUAUUUGCGAGGCACUGACAGCCAGCUGAUGCUGAGUAACUGUGGUUUUGCAGUUAUUAACCGGUGUGACUCUUUAUCCUGUGAUACAUCUUCCUCUUUUUCUCACAGGUCUGCAUUCCCUCUUUCUAAAACGUACUCUUCCCUUCUAAAUGCAUUUUAUUUCCACUUGGAAAAAAGGAUUCCAGUUCUGUAAUGGUUCUUCAGGCUCUCCACCUCGCAAGGAUGCAGAACUGGGUUUCGAAAGCUGCUGCCGGACCAGUGAGCACCCGUUGACCUCUUUGCAGUCAGGUUGCAGGGGAGGCAGAGAGGCGGUGGUGCUUCUGCUCCUUGACAUUUUGUGUAGGUAGAAGCAUGUUUGUUUUGUGCCAUGUGAGAAUUGUGAGGUUGUAGCUGCAAUAAUGCACCAAAGGAUAUCACAGAUAUUUUUUCUGGUGUUCUGAUUAUUGUUUAUAAUAAGUAUCCUUACUGGGAGUUGAGAAUUCAAAAUUGAAUUACGUUCAAAUCAUUGUCACAUUCAGAAUUUAUUUUUUUUAAGAAUAGAAAAACACUAACUGCAGGGUACAUUUGAGAAGGUACUUUUAGCUUAGCCUUGACUUUAAGGGAGUAGUUAGGACUUGUUUAAAUGGAGUACAGCCAAAAAAAACUUGAAAUCUUUACAGAAGUGAUUUCAUCACUCCCUCUAGGUGUUACUGUUCAGAAUUGAAAUAAAUUCUAGUUGGUUUACCCUUGGAAACAAUGGCCAUUGUAGUUGCAUUUAGUAGAUAAAAAAAAAAAGCUUUUAUAAAACGGUUUUCAUCAGUUUUCCUCUAUCACUAUUUAAUCAAGGCUCAAGACAAAUAUUUUCAGUACAUUUUCUUAUGUCUAUCACUACUGCUUAAGCUGAAAUGCUAGGUUUCUAUUUUUCUAUCUCUGGAAAGUAAUUCGAUAGUAAGCAAAAUACUGACUUGCAACAAAGCAAGCAGAACUUUCUGACUUGUAUAAAUGUUCAACAGUGGAAAUAGUGACCAUCCAUUCCAAUCAGCCACACCAGAUGCUUUUCUGAAGUAAGAAGCUUGAAUAUCUUAAAGCAAUAUGUGAGCAGAACUUCUGUGGGCAUGCAGGCCAGCUACCUUACUGCAGGCUACACUGUAUUGCUUUGGCUGUGCUUACUCUCCUUAUGCAGAAGAAAAGCAAUCACAAGGAGACCUUCCACAGAGCAUUAGAUGAAUUCUGACUUAUGUUGGUGCUGUAAGUAUCCAGCAGUGCUCUACCACAUGUUAUUUUACCAAGCUUGUAAUAGUCAUGAAAUAAAUGUAUUUUCUUUGUG